UCCUCAAUACAACACAAUCUCUCUCUCUCUCUCUCCCUCUCUCCCUCUCUCUCUCUCUAUAUAUAUAUAUAUAUAUAUACACACACACACAUAUAACACUCUUUUGUCUUUUCAACACAUUUAUUUUUAAGAAAACAAUUAAUCACAACAGAAACCACAAUAACAAUGUGCCAGCUAAUUUCCUCUACUCUGCCCUGCAAAUGCACUAGUCAAGAUUUUCCUUGCCUUCUCUCAAUCAAGGAUGACCCAGAGCCCAACAUGCACACCCUGCUAUUGACCCCUAAAAGCCCAACACCAGAAAAACAGCAGCAGCAAAAACUGGUGCCACAAGAAGAAAUCCAGGAGCCAAACAAGACCCACCUCUCUCUUGCAAUCAGAGAGGGUAUUUCCAUUGCCAAAAUAGCCCUUCCUAUGAUACUGACAGGUCUCGUGCUCUACUCUCGCUCGAUGAUCUCUAUGCUCUUUCUCGGCCGUCUUGGCGAGCUUGCUUUAGCCGGUGGUUCUCUCGCUAUGGGCUUUGCUAAUAUAACUGGCUAUUCCAUCCUCUCCGGUCUCGCCAUGGGAAUGGAACCCAUUUGCGGUCAAGCUUUUGGAGCCCAAAAACACAGCCUUCUUGGCCUUUCUUUGCAGAGAACUAUACUCUUGCUCAUAUUAACUUCAUUGCCCAUAACUUUUCUUUGGCUAAACAUGAAAAGAAUUCUGCUUUUCUGUGGCCAAGAUUUGGAUAUAGCCACGGAAGCACAGUCAUUUCUUCUUUAUUCUCUUCCUGAUCUUUUAGCUCAAUCCUUUUUACACCCAUUGAGAAUCUAUCUAAGAACUCAAUCCAUAAACUUACCUUUGACGUUCUGUGCUACUCUCUCAAUUCUUCUACAUGUACCCAUAAACUACUUUCUCGUAACACACCUUAACUUAGGAAUUAAAGGUGUUGCUUUAAGUGGGGUAUGGACUAACUUCAACCUCGUAGCAUCUUUGAUCAUCUACAUACUUAUUUCCGGUGUUCAUAAAAGGACAUGGGGUGGUCUUUCAAUGGAGUGCUUCAAAGAAUGGAAAGCUCUCUUGAAUUUAGCAAUUCCAAGCUGCAUCUCAGUUUGUCUUGAAUGGUGGUGGUAUGAAAUCAUGACUUUGCUUUGUGGGCUGUUAUUGAACCCGAGAGCAACUGUUGCUGCCAUGGGCAUUUUGAUACAAACCACCUCACUUAUCUACAUAUUCCCUUCUUCUUUAGGCUUCAGUGUAUCAACAAGGGUAGGUAAUGAACUGGGUGCUAAUCAGCCCAAGAAAGCAAAACUAGCAGCCAUUGUAGGCCUUGCUUUCAGCUUUAUCCUGGGCUUCUCAGCGUUAAGUUUUACAGUUACCGUGAGGAAAAUAUGGGCUACUAUGUUCACUCAAGAUAAAGAAAUUAUUGCCUUAACAUCACUUGUUUUGCCAAUAAUAGGAUUGUGUGAAUUAGGGAACUGCCCACAAACAACAGGUUGUGGUGUACUGAGAGGGACAGCUAGGCCGAAAGUAGGGGCAAAUAUCAACUUGGGUUGUUUUUACCUUGUGGGCACACCAGUAGCAAUAUGGUUAGCAUUCUUUGCAGGUUUUGAUUUUGAAGGGCUGUGGUUAGGACUCGUGGCUGCUCAAGGCUCCUGUGUUGUGACCAUGUUGGUGGUUUUGGGCUGCACAGACUGGGAUUUUCAAGCUCAGAGAGCUAAAGAGCUGACUGGCAGUGUUGGUAUUAUUGAUGACGUUGAUGGAGAAAAUAAGCCACCUAAAGAUGAAAUCAAGGAGGAUUCUUUUUAUAAGUUUUGCGAUACAGAUGAUCCUGAUAAUAAAUCACCAGUCUGAUUAAUUCUUUUUAGUUUCUUUCUUUUUUGGGCUCUUAAUUUUGUCCCAACAUGUAUAGAGAGAGCAAGGGAAAAAGAAAGCAGCUAGGAGUACUUCCAAUGGAAUUCAAUUUUGUUAUCGAAAACCAAAAGGACAAAAAGAAAACAAGUGUUUCUUUGGAAGUAGUUAAAUAUCAGGGGAAGCAGCUGAAACAAUAACCCACAGUUUUAUUUAUUGUACUCUGUCUAUUAUUAGAAAUUAUAUGUACAAUCACUCUCACUAAUUCCGCUCA